AACAAACAGAAAGGAAGGAUUUUUCUGUUUUCUCCAUAGAUGGCUGAGAGAGAGAGAGAGAGCGAGAGAGAGAUAGAGAGAGAGAGUGAAAUGCUGAGGAAGACCGAAAACCCAAAUGGUGGGAUGCUGAAGAUUUCUUCCUUCUAUUGAGUCUUCAUUAACAAUCGCGGGUUUCGGUUUCUUGCAAGUUGCCCUCCCAUUUUCGGGUUCUGCGAUUUAUAGCUCUGCGAUCGGUCUGUUUGGUUAGAUUUCGCCGAAAAUGUUCAGGUCCAAGAAAUCUCCGCUGAAGUUUGCGAAGCAUAGCUCUGUGGUUCCUGCGCAUUCCACCGCAUCUAGCACGAACCCUUUUGAUUCUGAUGACAAGUACGGUGAUAAAAAGCAGACGGUUAAUCCCUCUAGAAGGACUUUGGCAGAGCCCAUGAGAGAGUUUAGUGACAAUCCUUUUGAUGACUACGAGGUGAAAGAGACCUCUUCUCUGUACACAAAACCACCGAACUCUGCCGCAAGAAAUGGGUACAAGAACGACUUCCGUGAUUCGGGGGGACUGGAGAACCAGUCGGUGCAAGAACUGGAGAACUAUGCAGUCUACAAGGCUGAAGAGACCACGAAGAGCGUCAACAACUGCCUGAAGAUAGCAGAAGGAAUGAGAGAAGACGCCACUAAGACCUUGGUCAUGUUGCAUCAGCAGGGCGAGCAGAUCACUCGGGCUCAUGGGGUUGCUGCUGAUAUCGAUCAUGACCUCAGCCGGGGUGAGAAGCUACUGGGAAGUCUUGGGGGCAUAUUCUCAAAGACUUGGAAGCCAAAGAAGACCCGUGCCAUAACAGGCCCCAUGGUCAUGAGAGAUGAUGUCCAGAGGAAGGGAAACCACUUGGAGCAGCGGGAGAAGUUAGGUUUGACUUCGGCUUCCAGAAGUCAACCAAGUUCAAGAGCAGCGCCUUCUGAACCAGCCUCAUCACUGCAGAAAGUUGAGGUUGAGAAAGCAAAGCAAGACGACACAUUAUUGGAUUUAAGCAAUAUCUUAGGAGAGCUAAAGAAUAUGGCUCUCGACAUGGGUUCUGAAAUUGACAGGCACAAUGGAGCUCUGGAACCUUUCCAUCAUGAUGUCGAUGAGCUCAACUACCGGGUCAAACAAGCAAACCAGCGGGGCCGACGCCUGCUUGGGAAAUAGGCUGCAGUCCGUCUUAAUUUUCUUGUUAUUCAUUUGCUUGUGGCUCGAUGUUUGUUUCCCUUUUCAUAGACUUGCUGUAUCGGGCUUCCGCGAGACUACAAAAUGGUUUGGUAAUCUGUUGAUAUCAAAUUUUAUUCAACUUGCAUGUA